AAAAAUUCACAAAGUUCCCCUGCAGCUUGUUGGAACUUACCAAAAAAUUUAGUUUACAGCUGAACGUUAAGCAUUGUACAACGACUGCGCCUCCAAGUAUUUUCUUCAUAUCAGAGAGCUAAUUAUGGGACGUCGUAAGUCGAAGCGCAAGCCGCCGCCGAAGCGUAAAAAUAUCCAAAGCCUGGAAAAGCAGUUCAAUUGUCCUUUUUGUAAUCACGAGCGCUCCUGCGAUGUCAUUUUGGACAAAUUGCGUAAGGUCGGCCGCAUUAUAUGCCGUGUCUGCCAGGAAUCCUAUCAGACCCAAAUCAUAUCGCUAUCAGAGCCAGUCGAUGUCUACAACGAUUGGAUUGAUGCCUGCGAGGAGACCAAUUAGCAAUAACAACGGAUACGACUAACAAUACACAUUUAUAUCACACAUACAGCACACAGUGUUCUUUGUAAUGAUUCAAAUUUAUAUUACCAAGGGCUUCAAAUAUUCGUUUCUACCCGAAAGUAUGCACUUUCUUUUUUGUUGUUGUUGAAUUGCCCGAUAUGCCUGUAACUAUGCUUUAAAAAACCUAUGUUUCUUUUAACUAUUCUGCUAAUACGAUAGUAAGUUCAAAAUAAAAAUGUAACCAAUACGCUUAUCAAAUCUA